AUGGAUCCUAGUGUGAUAUCGAAGUUUGCUGUUCCUGUCGUGGUCUCACUGAUUGCGUUCUUGUCAUAUUCUUCACAAUAUCUAAUCGGCAAGAUUGAGCCUGGGCCGUUGAGCCCGAAGGAAUCGCUCAUCUUCAACACACUGGUCGCAUGCAUAUGGCUGAGUUAUGUUCGUGCGUGCACAACAGACCCUGGACAGGUGCCUCCAGACUGGGAUCGUGAACAGCUUGAAGCUUCCAAUGCCAGCUAUGGAUCCGACGGAAGCAAGGCGGUGUCGAGACAUCGGUAUUGUCGCAAAUGCAACGCAGUGAAGCCCCCAAGGGCGCACCAUUGCAAAAUCUGCAAAAGGUGUAUCCCCAAGAUGGAUCAUCAUUGUCCUUGGACUGUUAAUUGCGUGUCUCAUUUCACGUUUCCACACUUUCUGCGUUUCCUGUUCUACGCUGUCUGUUCAAUGGCUUAUCUCGAGUACUUUUUGUACCUGCGAGCGGAUGUCAUUUGGCAAAAUCGGAUGCUACCGAGUUACCUAGGCCCAACUCUGCCACAACUUGUCCACCUUUUCGUUUUGAUCGUAGUCAAUUCACUUACAUUAUUUUUGGUCUCGAUUACCUUUUUUCGCACAGUUUGGGGCUUGGGCGGCAAUGUGACCACAAUUGAAAGCUGGGAAAUCGAACGACACGAGCAACUACUUCGUCGAGCUCGAGCUCUCGGCGGGUAUCUGGAUGGUCCAGAUGGUAUGAGAAUCAGGUUGGUUAGACAAGAAUUUCCAUAUGAUAUUGGGAUAUGGAAGAACAUUGUCCAAGGCAUGGGUACAGCCAAUAUCCUGGCUUGGUUCUGGCCUUUUUCUGCCACUCCACGGACGGAUGGGUUAGAAUUCGAGACCAAUGGAUUUGAGGAUCCCGGCACUAGUUGGCCGCCUCCAGAUCCUGAUCGAAUGCCACGCUUCAAUCGGUUCUCUGAGGGUUCGACUGCGUUUACGCAUGAAGGAGCGGACCUUUCCGCCGAGGACGAAAUUGCAGCUUUCAAACGGCGUCAACAAGCCGACUUCGAGCGACGGCGCGAAUACUAUGGCAUCCAACGGCGGAAGCCGUUCCACGAACGUUUCGAGGAUGGAAGCGAUGUGCCUGUGCAUGAUUACACGCAGGACAAAGAUAGCAGCGGCGAGGAGGGUUGGCAGGACUCAGGAGGGAACCGACUGAACGAUUAUGGUGUGGAUGAGGACGUGGAGUUUUACGACCAAGAUGAUGUACCUAUAGCGGAGCUACUGAGACGGAGAGAGCAUGGCACAAGUACCAUCGGGGUUGAGCCCUCUCACGGCAUAGAUUGA